UACUCCCACACCGUCCAGGCGUCCACAACUUUUUUCCCUCUAAUCAUCUAUUUCACACAGUAACUACAGACCUUUUUCACCUUCCCUUGUACCUUUGACAUAAAGCACCUAUUCCUUGUUUUCGUACUCAACUUGUCAUACUAGUUCAUAUCCAGAGCUGUCACAAACAAAAUCCAACAUAAACACACAUCCAAUCUAGACACAAACACAACUGAUUUAUAGCAAUAUGAAGAUGCUCACCGCUAUUCUAUUCGUUUCAUUUCUGGUCAUGCUAUGUUUCGGAAUCCUGGUUACGCCACUGCUCGACACCAUGAAUUCGACGCAGAAUUUAACAGAUGGUGACACUAUUGUCUCGUCCGGUGGAAUUUUCGAGUUGGGAUUUUUCAAACCAGGCGAAUCAAAUAAACAUUAUCUGGGUAUUUGGUACAAGACGGUAUCUGUAAAAACUGUGGUGUGGGUGGCCAAUAGAGAGGCCGGGGUCAACGGUACUACUAGUGUAUUGAAGUUGACUAGCUCAGGAACUCUUAAUCUUCACAACAGUACUAAUGGCUUCAUCAUAUGGUCUUCUAAUAGCAAAAGGCUAGGUGGCAAUCCAAUUUUGCAGCUUUUCGAUAAUGGGAAUUUAGUUAUUAGGGAGAAAGAUGAUAAUAGCCCGGAUCAUUAUUUGUGGCAGAGUUUUGAUUACCCAACUGACACACAUUUGCCUGAAAUGAAACUUGGAUUGAAUCUUGUGACUGGUUUUGAGAGGUAUUUGUCUUCUUGGAAGAGUAAUGAUGAUCCAGCACCUGGGGUUUUUAAUUAUCACUUGGAUCCUGCUGGAUAUCCGCAUCUUGUUUUGAGGAAUGGUGAGGCCGAGACGUAUCAGACGGGCCCCUGGGAUGGUUUUCGGUUCACUGGGAGGCCGAAGAUAAGCAACAAUGGGAUUUAUAAUCACAGUUUGGUUUAUACUAAACAGGAGGUUUAUUAUACGUUUGAGUUGCUCAAUAGCUCGGUUUUUUCAAGAUUUGUGUUGAAUCAGAGUGGGGAAGGGCAGCGUUGGACAUGGGUUGAUCGGAACCAUAAAUGGGAGCUUUUCCUGAAACUACCAACUGAUAGUUGUGAUACGUUUAAACGCUGUGGUGCUUAUGGUAGCUGUAACAUUGAUAGGGGUCCUAUAUGUGGUUGUUUGGAUAAAUUUGUGCCUAAAAAUGAAGAUGAUUGGGGGAAAGCAGAUUGGUCUAGUGGAUGUGUUAGGGGGAAACUAUUGAAUUGCAGAAAGGGUGAUGGAUUUAAAAAGUAUUCUCGCGUUAAAGUACCAGACACAGAUUCGUCCUUGUUUAAUGACAGCAUGAGUCUUCAGGAAUGCCAUACAGCGUGCUUGAAAAACUGCUCUUGUAUGGCUUAUUCAAUUCUGGACAUAGCAGGUGAUGGAAGAGGGUGUUUGCAAUGGUAUGGUGACUUGGUUGAUAUUAGGGAACUCUCUGGAGGUGGUCAAGAUUUAUAUGUGAGGGUAGCGCUUUCUGACUCAGAUGAAUCGAAAGGGAAAGAUGGAAGUAAACUGCUUAUUAUCUUAGUGGUGUUGGUGGCAUCAGUUUUACUGGUUCUAGUGUUGGCAUUUUAUCUGUGGAAGAAGAGAACAAACAAAUUGUUGACGAGACCAGAUGGGAGUCUUGAAAGCAAUUCCAUGAAAGAAUUCAACUCCGAGAGCCACAAAGAAGACCUGGAUCUACCAUUCUUUCGCUUAUCCACCCUAGCUGAGGCUACAGACCACUUUGCAAUCAGUAACAAACUCGGACAAGGUGGAUUCGGGCCAGUUUUUAAGGGAGUAUUGAAAGACGGUCAAGAAAUAGCUGUGAAGUGCCUUUCAGAAACGUCCAAGCAAGGAAUCAAUGAGUUUAUGAAUGAAGUAAAAUGUAUUGCCAAACUUCAACAUCGGAAUCUAGUAAGGCUGCUAGGAUAUUGUGUUCAAGGGGAAGAAAAGAUGUUAAUCUAUGAAUACAUGCCUAACAAAAGCUUGGACUGGCACAUAUUUGAUGAAAAACAAAGCACGUUUCUUGACUGGCCUCAACGUUUCCAUAUUAUUGAUGGAAUUGCUCGUGGCCUUCUCUAUCUUCAUCAAGAUUCCAGACUGAGAAUUAUCCACAGAGAUCUCAAAGCAGGCAAUAUAUUGCUAGACAAAGACAUGAACCCAAAAAUUUCAGAUUUUGGCCUGGCUAGGAGUUUUAUAGAAAAUGAGAACGAGGCUAACACAAACAGAGUCGUCGGUACAUAUGGCUACAUGCCCCCAGAGUAUGCAGUAGAUGGACUUUUUUCUGUGAAAUCAGAUGUCUUCAGCUUCGGUGUUUUAGUGUUAGAAAUUGUCAGUGGCAGCAGAAAUAGAGGAUUCAUUCAUAGAGACCACCGUCAUAAUCUACUUGGGCAUGCAUGGAGAUUACAUCAAGAAGGCAGGUCUAUUGAACUUAUCAAAGGGGAAAUAAUCCAAGACUCAUGCUAUAUACAAGAAGUCCUACGAUCAAUUCAUAUUGGUCUUUUGUGUGUGCAACAAUCUCCAGAUGAUAGGCCAAACAUGUCAUCAGUGGUUUUAAUGCUCGGCAGUGAGGGGGAGCUACCAGAACCUACGCAACCUGGUUUCUUUACAGAAAGAAAUAUAGCUGAAAGUGAAUAUUUCUCCAGUACACAUCCACAUUAUUCAGCUGAAGCCACCACCAGCACACUGUUACAAGGUCGAAAUAACAUAACAAAGCUAAUGGAAGGUUGCAGCUCUGCGACAGUUUUGUUACCCUGCAUUUUGUUAUUUUCUGUUUUACUAAACUGUAAAGUAGCAGCAGCCGGAGACAUUAUAGGAUCCAACCAAAUCCUUAGAGAUAAUGGAAGCACUAUUGUUUCAUCUGGUGCUCAUUUCGAGCUUGGAUUUGUUACUGUUGGGAGUUCCGCAAAUCGGUAUGUGGGUAUAUGGUACAAGAAGAUAGCGGAAAAGACAAUUGUGUGGAUUGCCAAUAGAGAAGCUCCUCUUAAUACUUCAUCAAAUCUCUUGAGACUUAACAGCAACGGAAAUCUUGUCAUUCUCAAUGCUUCUGAUGAUGUGGUUUGGUCAUCAAACUCCACGGCAUCUGUGAAUAAUCCUGUCGUGCAGCUGCUGGAUUCUGGGAAUCUUGUUAUUAGAGAUGAAAGUGAGAAGGAUAAUUACCUGUGGCAAAGUUUUGAUAACCUUGGCGACACUCAAUUACCGGGUGCUAAGCUCGGGUGGAAUUUUGAAACUGGGCUAGAAAGAUAUCUCACUUCCUGGAAGAGUCUUGAUGAUCCAUCUCCAGGUCAAUAUACAGAUCAUAUUGACCGUAAUGGAUUUCCUCAGCUAAUGACGAGGAAAGGUUCUGCUAUAGCAUCACGUGCGGGGCCUUGGAAUGGCAUUAGAUUUUCUGGCACGCCCAACUUGAACCCCAAUAAAAUUUACACAUACGGUAUUGUUUCUAAUGAUAAGGAAUUAUAUUAUCAUUACGAAGCUGUUAAUAGUUCAGUUUAUACAAGGAGGGUAUUGAAUCCAUUUGGUCAAAAACAAAGAUGGGUAUGGGUCGAAAACACUCAAAUUUGGCAGGUUUAUCAUUCUGGACCAAUAGAUGAUUGUGAUCAUUAUAGGGUAUGUGGAGCUUAUGGGAGCUGUAACAUUGACAAGUCUCCUGUGUGCACGUGCUUCAAUGGUUUUCAGCCAAAAGAUAAAAAAGGAUGGGAUGCUGCAGACUGGUCCAGUGGCUGUGCAAGGAAAGAAAAUCUGAGUUGUGUGAAUGGAGAGGGAUUUGUGAAACAUUCAGGCUUGAAAUUACCAGAUACCCAGCGUUCUUGGUUUGAUAAGAAUAUGAGCCUUGGUGAGUGCGAGAAAGUGUGUUUGAGCAAUUGCUCAUGCACAGCUUAUGCAAAUACAGAUGUUCGAGGCAGUGGAAGCGGAUGCUUGUUAUGGUUUAAUGAGCUUAUUGAUAUUAGAGAGGAGAAAGAGAAUGGUCAAGUUCUUUACAUAAGAAUGGCUGCAUCUGAAUUAGCUAAAAAAGGGAGAUCAAAAGUAUGGUUCGUAUGGAUACCUAUUCUGAUGACGGUAACAAUGAUGUGUGUGUGCCUGUGGGUAAUCAGGAACAAAAAGAGGAAUAAGAAGAAGAAGCAAACAGAAGGGAUAACAAACCCGUAUUUUGAAAAUGGUGGGAGCAUUGAGAUGGGUGCCGAGGAUUUAGAGUUGCCAUUGUUUGACUUCACAACCUUAGCAAAUGCAACCAAUGGCUUCUCCAAAUACUCCAUGCUUGGAGAAGGUGGCUUUGGGCCUGUCUAUAAGGGUAUGCUCGACGAUGGAAAAGAAAUAGCUGUAAAGAGGCUUUCAAAGGAUUCGAGGCAAGGGUUGAAAGAGUUUAAAAAUGAAGUUUCAUGCAUUGCUCGACUUCAGCACCGAAAUCUUGUGAAGCUUCUCGGGUGCUCUGUGCAGGAGGGAGAAAGAAUAUUGGUGUACGAAUACAUGCCCAAUAAAAGCCUGGACUCGUUCAUAUUUGAUAAGAUGAAAGGAUACACGCUUGACUGGCCUACUCGGUAUAACAUGAUUAAUGGCAUCGCCAGGGGACUUCUCUAUCUUCAUCAGGAUUCUAGAUUGCGGAUCAUACACAGGGAUCUUAAAGCCAGCAAUGUUUUGCUCGAUCUUGAGAUGAACCCAAAAAUUUCAGAUUUUGGCACAGCAAGGAUCUGCGGAGAGACGGAAACAGGAUCCAAUACAACCAGAGUAGUUGGAACAUAUGGUUACAUGUCUCCUGAGUAUGCAACGGAUGGCAUAUUUUCGGUGAAAUCUGAUGUUUAUAGCUUUGGGGUACUGGUUUUGGAGACGGUUAAUGGAAAAAGAAACAAAAAUUUUGCUCAUCUAGAUCACAAUCUGAACCUUCUCGGACAUGCAUGGAGAACCUAUAUAGACGGAAAUGUGUUGGACCUAGUAGAUGAGGUUAUUGAAGAUUUAAGCCCUGAACAUCAAUAUGAAGUGUUUCGAGCUAUUCAAAUAGGGUUAUUAUGUGUGCAACAAUAUCCGGCAGAUAGGCCAACCAUGGCAACGGUGGUGCUAAUGCUGACCAGUGAACUUCCCCUGCCUCAACCUAAGCAACCUGGAUUUUUCAUCGAGAGGAAUGUGCACGAAGGAGACUCUUCAUCGUGUUCAUCCAACUACUGCAGUGUGACAGCUAUAGCUCCUAGAUAAACAUAUUAUCUCUCGUUUUUAUUCUAUUCAAAAAUAUAAAUUAUGAUUGCAGCUUUUAA